GGAAUCGCCUAGCGCGCCACCGAGCGUUCCACCAAUCAGAGGAGCGCUUUCAUUCCAUAGUUUGGAACAUUAGAGGCCAUUUUGCCGUUCGCUUUGUGAAAUCCGAUUUAUCGCCUUAUUUUGUUGUUUCAAGAAGUCGUUUGCCACCGAAAGUUUGGACGAACUGUACAAGAACACAGUGACUUGCAAAAUUGCGUAAAAUACGCGAAGGUAUCGGUGUUUUGCGAUAAAACAGGACCUUCCUAGGUCACGUGACCAUUGUUAGAGAAAUGGCGGCUUCCAAAAUGUUCAACAUGGAUCCUAAAAAUAAUGCCCCUCUCAUCAGGUUAUGUUCAUUCAUUCAGAAUUAGAGACAAUGAAAUGUUACAAUAGUUUGUAGCAACUGCAGAAACCUUUCAAAAUGUCGAUGCGCCCAAGGCGAACGCGUACGUCGCGUGGACGUCCGCCAAAAUCUGAACCGACCAGCAGAUCGUCCACUUUUCUGGUGAAGAAGCCCAAGUUUUAUGAAGCAAGUGAGAAUAGUAAUGACAGCUCGCAGUUUGAAGUACCAACGGGUAGUGUUCCUGGUACACCAUCAUCUAGGAGCUCUUCCAGGGCAGAGCGGAAGGGAAGAGAUGCUGCACAACGUAGUCGUUCUUUUAUGCAGAGGGUUUUGCAAAAUAACAGAGCUGAACAUUUUGACGAUGAUGAUCAUGAUGAUGACGAUCCAAGAAGUGAAGUCCUCUACAGAAAUUAUCCGUACAGCGGUGAUGAAGCAGGGAGCGAUAUUGAGACGCCCUCUGCUAGCAUACUGGGCGAACGUGAAAGCGACUUGCCAUUUGAUGACAAUGGAUCAGAUAGUGAAUUUAGCGUGGAAAGUUACAGCACAAUGAACAGCACCAGCAGGAGGAGAUAUUUUGCAUUACAAAGACCAGAGUUUGACGUUGAUGAAGAAGAAAUUCCGCCUCUAGUGCUCCCAACUAGUUCAACAGAUCUAAUCCUCCCUUCUGAAAAACUACUUCCAGCAAUGGGAGUCUAUGAAGUAUUGCGUCAUUUCCGGACAAUCCUGCGUUUAUCACCGUUCAGGUUUGAGGACUUCUGCGCUGCUCUAAUCAGUGAUGAACAGUGCUGCCUCUUGUCAGAAAUCCACAUAUCAUUGAUGCGAGCACUGCUCAGAGAAGAAGAUGGUAACAAUACAACGUUUGGACCACAUGAUUUGAAGGACAGCAUCAAUAUAUCUUUCUUAUUUCUUGAUGGAAUGACUUGGCCUGAACUUGUCCGAAUGUACUUGGAUAGCGACAAAAGUCUGGAGUUUGAAAUUGCACUGAAAGCUAUCCAUGAUUCUAGGGCAGAUCACCCGUAUACUUCACCGGCUGCUAAAUUAACAGUUAUCCAGACAUUGACUGAUCUCUUCCUUUCGACGAACAGUGUUCGAGAAGAAAUCAUGAAUGAAGGCAACAUUCAGUAUGAUGAUCACUGCAGAUGCUGCCACAAGCUUGGUGAUCUACUGUGUUGUGAAACCUGCCCCGCAGUCUACCACUUGACCUGUGUUGAUCCACCAUUAGAGGAGGUCCCGGAGGAUGACUGGUUGUGCAAUGUUUGUAAGGCUCAUCAGUUGGAGGGUGUCACUGACUGCGUGUCUGAGCUGGAGAAGAGUGGGAUGAUGUGUCGGCAAGAACCUCUUGGGUUUGAUCGCCAUGGCAGGAAAUACUGGUUCUUGUCAAGAAGAAUUUUUGUUGAGGGUGAGAAUGAAGUUUGGUACUACUCUUCCAAGUAUCAAUUUGAAGAGUUGAUGGAGACUCUGGAUGGCGAAAAAUGGGAGUUCAUAUUGGUGAAGGCGAUUGAGGAUGUCAAAGAAGACAUCAUGAAACAGAUGGAUAUGACAGAAAAGUUGACCAACGAGGCUCGUGGUACUACACCAUCAAUACUAGAUACUGAAAGCAGUGUCGUGAAGAAGAUUCAAGCAGAGAGAGCUGCGAGAAGGGCCCAAGAGGACCCCGAGAAAGAGAAAGCUGAGGGACAGGCAGCACUGGGGGAUGGAAAGAAAGAUGAGGAAUCUCGACCUCAGAAUGAAGAAGGUAAAGAAGACCGCCCAAAAGCAGAAGAAGACCUGAAGAAUGAGAAGUUGGAAGAAGAUGAAACAAACAAUGACAAGGUUAAAAAGUCUGAUGAAAGGAAGGAAGAAGUACCAAAAGUUGAGUCGCCUGGUACAGAUGGGGAUGCAGAGCAGACAAAACCUGAGGCAGCCAACUCCAGCGUCGGUAGUGAUGAAAAGGUUGUAGAGAUGGAGUUAGAUGAAGCUGGAGUGCAGUCCACUGCUGAGGAGAAGAAGGGUGGUGUGCCUGAAAUAGUGACUGGUGCAACCUUAGAGGCUGCUGUAACCACUGCGGAGACCACUACAACAACCACAGCAUCUGAGAGCACAAGAGAGAGUACCACGGUUAGCCAUUUGAAGACUGGGUCUGAUACGGUACAGAAUGACAUGGAAGUCGUGGAAACAACCAAAACAACCACUACCACUACUACAGUUAAAGUCAUAAAAGCAAGUGCAACCGAUGCUGUCAAAACUGGUGAAGAGGGACCAGAAAAGAUGGAUGUUGAUGAGGGUGUGAAAAUUGAAGGAGAGAAAGAUGAAGGCGAUGUGAAGGAGGAGAAGGUUUUAGCUGAUGAGGCGGCCGGUGGUGAGAAGAUGGAAGUUCAGGCUGAGGCUGGGUCCGAGCAGACGCACGUUGUGGAUGAGCAGGGAGAUGGAGAAAAGAUGGAUGCUGAUGCUGAAGAGUGUAAUAAAGAUGCGAAUGUUGUUGUUGAAUCCUCCAGUAUUACAACGAAUUCUGAAGUCGCAAAAGAUGGCAGAAGGAUGACAACAAGAUAUCGGACUGGAUCCCUGGUACCAAAGCAGUUUCCAGACUCGAUUGUGUCGACCACUGCUAGUGUGAAGAUGACAAGCAAAAAUAACAUCAUAUCAGUCAAGAGUAGCAACACUAAUACCAGUACUACAGCAUCGGAUGAGUCGGUUUUAGUCAUCAACAAAAACGGUGAUAUCACUCGAGUCACUCGAAACAAGAUAUCAUCUUCAGCAUCAUCCACAGUCUCAACAACCUCGGUCAAAACGGAACUGUUCAAACUAGGCAUGGAGGGAAACUAUAAGCAGUAUGUGAACCAGUAUUCAACAAACAACCUUGCAUUGAACAAACACCAGCACAAUGAAGAUCGUGACAAGCGACGCUACCUCUCGCACAAGUUCAGCCUGACCCCUGCCAGCGAUUUCAAGUGGAAUGGCACAGUGUAUGGCAACAAGACUUACUGUACUGCAACACUUAGGCUCAGCCUCACUCAUUUGGAGAGUAACAUCCCUGGAGCUUUCCUGCAUCCGAACUGGUCCAUUCAUCAGAAGAACUGGCUGCAAGCAGUGCACAGUUGUAGCUCUCCAUAUGAUUUUGGUAUGGCCAUGACAAUCCUUGAGACCAGCAUCAAGCCAGUACUGUUCACUUCAGUUUGGCAGGAUCAGUUAGGUCACGUCAAACUGCAGAGAAUCACGGCCUUAGAUCGUGAAGAAAUGAAAAAGAGAGAGCGAGAAACAAGAGGUGUCCCAGGCCAAACAGAAGACUACACCUAUGUUUGGGUGAAAUAUCCUCGAGGAUUAAAACAUCAGGUGUGGAAACAAAGAGGUGAAGAGUAUCGAAUCACUGGCAAUGGUGGUUGGUAUUGGGUCAGUAUAACAAGGGAUGGUCAAUAUACGCCACAGAACAGUGUCGGUCUGAGAGCGGUUGCAAGGAAGCUGAUGGCACGUAAAGCACGAGAACUUGAGGCCUUGGAAAAAACUGAUAAAGAGGCGACUGACAAAGGGACUGUUAGCAUGGAGAUAGAUGAGAAUGAAGGCUUGGUAAAAGAGCAGGAAAAAAUGGAUACCGAGGAAGAGAAGGUGGAUGGAGAGAUUGAGAAAGCUGAAGGAGAAGUUGAUGCUGAGAAGAAGGGUAGCGAGAAGAAGGAUGACAUUGCAACUGCAGCAACGGAGGAGACGGAAAAGGGUCCAAAAUCAAGGGAAGAGGCCGAGAAGAGUGUGAAGGAAGAUGGGGAAGAAAGUAUGGAAACUAAGGCUAAGAAAGACGCCAAGAUGGCAAAAGCUGGGGGCAAGGGAGCUGAGAAAGAACCAAUUGCAUUCAGUUUGUCUCAAAUCUCAAGGCUGUAUCCGAAAGUUGAUUUAGUCAAUGUCUCGGAGUCUUUACAGAAGAGGGAUCAUUAUCCUAAGAUAACUAAACCAUAUUCCAAGCUUGACUCACUCCUUGAUCGACGUAUGAAACAGGAUGAAUGGGAAGCUAAACAGAGACGUGUGAUAGAGAGUUUACACACGCGACAGGCCGCAGCAAAGGAGAUUAUUAAAAAGCACCACGCUGAAAAAGCAAAGAAGGGUGAGGAGAAAGAGAAAGUGACUGAGCCAGAGGAAAGUAAAACGAAGCCAGAGAAACAUUACCAGUGUUAUUCGUCUUCGUGUAGAAAUUCUCCGGAACACAGGCCUUGUUAUUCAUCGAGUUGUCCAAAGAAGAAGGGAGACUGGAAGAGAUUGUCUGAUGAUAGUGAGGAUGAAAUGGAUGAAGUGGACAGGCAGAUAAAAAUGGUCGAAAGAGGAAAAAACGGUCAGAUUGAUCAGGAUGCUUCGGAUAAGGAAUCUGACACGAGGUCUGGGAGCAAUAGUCCAUCGGAUAAUAUGAUGGAUGUGUGUGGUGACGAGGGGCAGGAAUCUGAUAAGAAAAAAGGCGGGGAAGCUAAAAACAGUUGCGAUUCAGAUGAGAAGGGACCAAGUGGAAGUGGGAAGGGGCCUGAAUACGAGGAAGUGAAUGUUUUGGACACUCCUGCAAAGGUGAAAAAUGAUGAGAAUGUUUCUUUUGGUGAGCCUGGUCAGAAAAAAGUUGCGAGUUCUCUUGUUACCCUAUUGAAGAAGGUCAGUUCCGAAGUUGUUAAGCCGAAGGGUCUGGAGGAGAGUGGCCAGGCAGAGGAUUGCGAGGACAAGGCUGGGAGUAAAGUUGUAAACCCGAAAGAUUCUGGGGACAUGGGCCAGAGUGGUGAACCAAAUGAAGCAAAAUUGGGAGAUUCUGAUGGCGCAAGUUGUGAAAUAAAGAAAGUCUGUUCUGAAACUGGUGAGAUAGAAACUAGUUCUGAAUCUCAUAACAAAGAGGGAAACAAACCAGGAACGAGCUCUGAGAAGGCUAAGGCUGAGAAAGAUGCUGGAAAGUGGGUUAAAGGUACAGGAUCUGGGAAUAAGAAGGCAGAGACUGCAAAGAAGUCGAACCCAGCCCUCCCUCUUCUCUCAGAAAUGACGUAUGCUCAGGCUGUGAAGCAUUUGGCUACUCUUCCAGAUCAUAAGAUGGCUGAACUGCAAUCUAAGCAGCCUCCUGAAAGGAAGACUUUUGAGCCAGUACAGCUUGCCCGGUUCACAAAACCUGUAGCGCGAAGGGUGAAGAACAAGAAAGGAUCAAUUCCCCUCCUACAGAAGUUUGUAACCAGAGGGAAAAAGAGAAGUGUUUUUCUUCUGGAAAAGUGGGAUGCACAAAGACUCGCUCGUAAGAAAGGCCACAUUGAGGCAUCAGGGUUCAAUUACAAUUGCAAAAUGAACAAUGUAAAUUGGAUAUACCCCUGUCCAAGACCGACGUUCAAAACGGCUUGGCGGUAUCGGACUAUGAACUUACAUUCUUAUGCGGCAGCUGCUUUACAGUUGAGGAUUCUGUGGGCGUGUUUACGGUGGGACGACAUGAAUGUCAAACCUCCUGCUGGCGGGACCAAUACUAUUUCUACAGAAAGUGAGAUCACAACCACAGAGCUUUUGAAGCGAAGGGACGUUGGACCUUUUGGACUGCGAGCAGAGUUCCUUGUCAGGAAGAUUAUCGUACCUAUUGGACUACCUCAACCACCUAAAGAAGAGAAGAAAUACACUCCAAUUCGUAGUGGUUUGAGGGAAAGGAAGAGACCGGAAUCUCCUAAGCAAACAGAGCCCAGUGUGACGGAGCAGUGGAUUCCUGAAGAACGGCUCGAACUCUGGGAGAUCAAGCAGUUUGGAGAAAAGGUUGAGAAACAAAGACAAGCCCACGUUGAUAAACAACUAGCUCCGAAGGCAACUAUAACCUUAUCGUCAGCACCAAGCGCUGUCACAACUGUGGCCAACCUGAAAGCACAGCUUGAAGAACAGUUAAAGAAUCAACGGGUUCUCGCACAAGCAAAGCGCCUGAAUGAACAGAUGAAGAUGGCGACGACCACAGCACCUGUUGUGUCUAGCCCUAGGACAAUCACGAUCCCCGUCUCACGUCCACCUGGAACACCGGGAGGAACUCCAAUCAUCCGACGUAUUACGGUGCAGCCCCGUCAGGCGUCUAAUCCCCUCUUGAAAGCUGCUGUGGCGGGAACCAAUUCACCUGCUGGCGUUUCCACAUCCAAGGUGGUGAUCGCUCCAAGGACCAGGACAAUCCAGCUUCCAGGUACCACCAUCACUAUUCCACCAACAUCCACUGUGUCAUUAGCACCCAAGGCUACCACCACAUCUGUCACGUCACCUGCUGCUGGCGCUUCCGUGGGCUCACUAAAGACGAUUGCACCUGGACUGCAACUCCCAGUUAAAGGGACAGUGCCACUCCAGGUUCGCCCAUCCAAUCCUGGUGUACAAAACUUACAGAUCAUCCAGACAACCACAGGGCAGCUACAGGUCCGAGGACUUCUACCAGGUCAACAGCUUAUACGACUUGCCGAUGGUCGGUUACAGCUCAUCACCCUGCCAACCAGUCAGCAGAUGGUAAAACUUCAAACUCCGGCGUCAUCAGCCCAGACAACUCCAGCAGCAACACAGCCUCAGCCAGUCCCUGUUUCCAGCAUAUCUUCACCACCAAAGCCAAUUGUUGUCCCAGCAGCUAUUCCAAAACCAACAAUCCAAGUGGUCAGUGCUGGACAGUUAUCACAAGUAGCGCCAUCACCAGUGAGAACAACAACGGUGACGGCAGUGUCCGCAGCCCAGCCCAAGCUCCUCACUGUCACAUCUCUUCCACGCAUGGCCAACCAGUUACCAACUCAACAGGGUCCACUAGUCAUCACCGCAGCCCAGGCAGCUCCUGCUUUAACGUCACAACAGCCAUCUUCCUUACUCCCAUCAAAUCCUCGGCUCUCUGCCUCAAAGUUGCUAGGUUUGCAACCACAGCAAGUCAAAGCAGCAAGCUCUGCCCAACCUGUUGUCAUUUCACAGAUGCCAGCAGGAUUGGUGUCACCGGUCAGACCAACUACAACAGUUGUUCCAAUGGGUUCUCCAGUGCCAAACAUGCCUGCUGUGACCACGACCAUCUCUCCUACUCAAUCCAUCCUCUCCAGCUUGGGAAUCCUCAGCCAGGCGACAUCACCUCCUGCCCAGAGUUCACAAGUCAAAUCCAUCGUUCCUACGUCUUUGCCUGCCAACCUAGGCGUCACAACUCUUGCCACUGCCCAACCGAGAUAUGCUGUUACUCCUCAAGUCGUGCAACAAGUUGUAAGACAAGCGCUCCUCCAAAACCAGACGCCUGAAAUCCAAGCCAAGCUUCUUGCUAUGCAGAAGAGAAUUACAGUCCCGAAGGGAAGUGAGGCUCUUGCUCAACAGCAGCAACAGCUUGCGGCCCUGAAGGGUAAAGAAAAGCAAUUCAGCGUGCAGAACCAAUACCAACAACAACUCCUACUCAAACAGCAACAACAGCAACAGGCCCAGAUGCUGGAGAACUACAGGAAACAUAAGGCAGCUAACCGGGAUAAAGAUGAAGAGCCCAAAGAGAAGAAAGCGAAGAAAUUGGCCAUGUCAAGUGAAGAGAAGCAGAAGAAGGUUGCCUCGGCCAAGUUGCAGACGUUGUUGUAUAAACACAAGGAGGCACUCAAGAGGGACAUACUCAAGAAGAGAGGAAUAUUGGAGAAAAAUAUGCAACAAGAAAUUGCAUUCGAAGUCAUAGCAGAGCACAAAAAACUCAAGAAAAAGACCACAAGUAAGAAACGCAAGGAAGAACCAAGUACAAGUAUUACCAAAACAGCUGCGACGAUUCCCUCGUCGGUGCCCAGCUUCUCCAGUAUUACAGAUGUCGAGCCUACGAAGAAGAAGAAGCAGAAGAUCAUAUCAACAGGCACGAUGCGACCAACUAGAGAGAAUGAAACGCUCUAUUGUGUGUGUCGGCAGCCCUAUGAUGACACCAAAUUCUACAUUGGUUGCGACUUGUGUUCAAAUUGGUUCCAUGGGAACUGUGUUGAGAUUACAGAAGAACAAGCCAAGUUCAUGGACUCCUACAUCUGCGACGACUGUAAGAGGGCAAGAGAUGACACUUCAGAGGAACUCUAUUGCCUGUGUCGAACGCCAUAUGACGAGUCACAGUUUUACAUUGGUUGUGAUCGUUGCCAAGAUUGGUUCCAUGGCCGGUGUGUGGGUAUCACGAAGUGUGAAGCGGACAGUUUAGAUGUGUACAUAUGUCCCAAUUGUCAGAAAUCUAGCCAGUCCCAGCAUCAUGCAGCUAAUAGGAAGGUGCUAAUAGAGAAAGAUUUUGAAGUGUUACGGAGAGUCGUUAAAGGAAUGCAGACUCACAAAAUGGCCUGGCCAUUCGUUGAACCAGUCGACCCAGAUGAAGUGCCUGACUAUUACGAGAUCAUUAAGGAACCCAUGGAUCUCAACACCUUGGAAAAGAAGGUCAUAAAUCACGAGUACCCAACAUUGGGAGACUUCACGAAAGAUGUCACGAGGAUAUUUGACAACUGCCGCUACUAUAAUCCUAACGACAGCCCAUUCUUUCAGUGUGCUGAAGUUCUAGAGACCCACUUUGUACAGAAACUCAAAACAUUGAAAGAGAAAAUAAUGCACAGUCACUAAUUGGAAUCAAGGCCUUGACUUCGACAUAGUAGGUGAGCCAAAAUGAGCCCACGCAGUUGAGCUAUUCCAUUGGAUCUCUUAUAGGUGUAAAGCAGGAAUUAACAUGUCUGGGAGAGCAAUUUGCUCACCUUUGAGGAAAACAAAGUGAACAUGGUGGAACACGGGCAAGUUCUUGCCUUAACUGAAGACAAGGCCUUGGAAUCUCUUUAUUGACUUGUGUUUCUUCUCAGCUUGGAACGUGUACUCAUAUCUCUCACUGCAUGUAUGGCUAUGUACUGUUGUACCAGUCAGUGACUUUGACUGACAUUGUGUACCAUUUGCCCAUGCCAAGAACUUAAUAUCUGUCUAUGACCCGAAGUGCCCACUUUUGCCGGAGCUGGUUGCGUUUGCUGGUCCUUGUACAAUGUAGUAGAUAUUGUAAUGUAAGAUAUCUCAUCUUAUUUAUGUCUGUACAAAUCUUUUUCUCCAAGAACAUCUCUCCCGUACCUCUUAAGCCGAGAUAAGUUAUUUAUUUAUUGUUUGCUCGUUUUGUAUGCUAAAAUGUUUAAAGUAUUGAUGUUUAGGCAUUGUUGUAACUUGAACGUUUGAAUUAAAAAGGGAUCAUCUCUAAAUACACAGUAGCUGAAAAUGGUCAUCACCUAAAUUUGACCAACACCAAGCUUUUGAUUGCUAAUUGUGAAGAAAUAAAGCACAUUUAUACAAUUCCAAGGAGGGGAAGCGAGUGGCUAGAUAAGAAUGUACUUUGAGAUAAACCUGGAUUAUGUUGACUUUGAAUAAAAUACCCCAAGCUCAAUGUGGUCAUCAUAUUUUAUUCACAAUACUACGCUGUAGAUUUGGCCCUUUUGUUCCGAUAUCUGCCAAUUGCGGUCUGAUUAAAAGUUCUUAUUGGAGUAUUUGUCUUCGUUGGAGUUGAUCCCUACAAAACCUUUCCUGACUCAAGGUUAUGUAGGCCCUGUAACACAGUGGUCACCUAAGAUCAGGGUUUGAAAAAUAAUGUAGUAGUAAGAUUGUCACCCCGAGGCAAUUUUCACUUGCCAUCUCGUUUGAGACUGUUAAGAAGUACACUGUGUGAUCUUCUCGAAAUACCCAUAAAUUAUAGUUCUGACCGUUAGAUUGCAUGAUUUUUUUGUAGUGCUGUUAAUGUAAAAUACAGGUGGCUGAGUUAGUGUAAAUCGAAGGCAAUAUGUGUGAGAUAUGGGAAAGGCUUAUGUGGUGAAAUGUAUUUUGUAUAGAUAACCAUUAUAGAAACAAAUAAUGAGAUUUAAACUAUUUUCUUACUUGUGAGACUGUGUAUAUACAAAUUACAUGUAGAUAUUUUUAUGCAUCGACUGAAUUGCCUUUGUAAGAAUGAUAUCAUCAAAAUUUGAUGGAAAUGUGUAAAAACGUUCAUACAUGUAAGUUGACAGGCAUCUUUAGAUGAUUUGGGCUCUUCAUGAACAUAAACUUGAUAAGACAAUGGGGUUGCUUCUGGUAGCCUUGAUUUUCUCCUAAUGAAUUUGUUUCAGUAAGCUAUUUUCUCUGAAGAUGUUUAAAAAUAUCUCUGGCACCUUGAUAGAUGCUAAGAUGGGAUUAGUAUCAAAACUAAUGUUAAACACCCUGAGCUGGGAAAACUGUUUGUCCCAAAUGUGACUUGCUACCUUUCAGUACGAUGGGUCACAGUUAUGGUGACUUUGAUGUUUGAAUCAAAACUGUUGUUUGAUGAUUGUCUAAAAACCACCCAGUGUACAAUUGACCGGGUAACUGCAAUCUUAGUGAAAAGUUAUCUGUGAAAUCGGCAUGGUUGGUAUUCGUGCAAUUGUUGCAGAUUCCGAUUGUGGAAAUAUCCAUUUUCACCAAAUCCAUUUCCACUUGUAAAUAAUCCAACUUUCAUAUUCACAUUCAUCAUUUUUCACAGAAGACGUGCAUUUUCCAGCGUUUUUUUCAUGGGAGGUAUAUCUGAAUUUUGAAUUUGAAAAUAACUGAAGUUGGCAUUUGACUAGAAACGCAUGUGUAGCUGAAUCAAAUAAAGUUACCUUUUGAUAUA